CAGGACAUGGCGGGGACACCCCAGUCGAGAGCAGGGGGACAUGGGGUGAGAUCCCCAUGGAGAGCAGUGAGACAUGGCGGGGACACCCCAAUCGAGGGCAGUAGGACGCGUGGGGGACAUUCCUUUGGAGGGCAGAGGGACCCCGGGCUCCCCCGUCCCCCCGCCCGGGCCCAUCCCGGUGCCACCGCUCCCCGCCCGCCCCGUCCCGCCCCGUCCCCUCCGCCCCCCGCGUUCCCUGGGGCGGCCCGAGCGCCCCGGGGGGUCGGGUCCGUAUAAAGGCGGGCGGGCCGGCCCCGAGCACAGCCCGCCAUGCCGGCCCCGCCGCCCGCCGCCCGGCCCGGCCAGGCUUUCACCAUCGCGGCUCUGCUGGGAAGCGCCUCCCCGGACCCCCGGGACCCCCCCCCGGUUCCCGGCCUCGCCGCCGCCCGGUUCCCGCCGCCCGCCGCCCCCCGGCCGCUCUGCACCGCCUGCUGCGGGGCGCUUCCCGCAUGGGCCGCCCGGCUCGGGGCUACAGGCUUCCUGAUCUCCAAGUGUUGCUUCCCUGCAGUCAAAGCCAAGCCCAGCAAAGCCAAGCGAGUCCGGACCAUCUUCACCAGCGACCAGCUGGCGCGGCUGGAGAAGGAGUUUGCGCGGCAGCAGUACAUGGUGGGCACGGAGCGGUGCCUGCUCGCCUCCUCCCUGCACCUCACCGAAGAGCAGGUGAAAGUCUGGUUCCAAAACCGGAGGAUCAAGUGGAGGAAACAAAGCCUGCAACAGCAACAAGCCCAACUGGCCAAAAUGCGUUUGGCCACCCCGCAGGGGAGCCCCGACUCACAGAGCCACCAUGGCGAGGAGGACGAGGACUUCGCGGUGGAGCUGGAGGACACGGCCUCCUCGGGGACAGCACCCGCACGGACUGUGACAAAAAGCUGCUGAAUCGUCCCCUCGGGCUGCUUUUGCAUGUGUAUUCUAUGAAUGUCUCAUAGCUGGCAAUGAGCGUAAUUAAUAUAAAAGGGGCACCAGUUAUUUUUGCAGUGCAAAAAUAAAUUAUUUAUGCAAGGCUUGGGCU